AUGCGAAAAACAUCUGGUGUCAAUAUUGAUCUGUUGUCAUUCGUAAGACCAUUUUCACGUAAUCUAUGGUUAUUAGUAUUAGCUACUUGUAUUCAUGCUGGUGGUUUAUUGCUUUGUCUCAUUGAGAGAAAAGAUAAUGAAACAUUACAAAAUCGAUCAAUAUUAUCUCAAGUAGCAAUGAGCACAUGCUAUUCUUUUGGGCAUAUUGUUGAAUAUACUGUAGAGUUUCAUGUUAUUACAUACACUGCACAUCUAACAUCAGAUUUAACGCUAUUAAAAUCAAAAAAUAUUAUUUCGCGAAAUAAUGAUAUCAAAAGUGGAAAAAUUUCAUUUUAUCGUAUUGGUAUUCGUUCAGGUUCAGAAAGUGAACAUUAUUGUUUACGAGAAAUAUCUGAUGGUAAUAAAAAUUAUUAUCCAUUAAAAUCUCAACAAGAAUUAUAUGAUAGUUUACUUGAUGGAACUAUCGAUGCGUCUUUUAUGGAUACUGGUAUGGCUGAAUAUAUUACGAAUAAUAUUUAUUGUAAUUUAACUUUAAUUGGACAACAUUUUGAUAAAGGUGUUUUUGGAAUAGUUACUCCAAACGAAUGGUUAUAUGCUAAAGUUUUGAUUGUUAAUUUUUAUUAUUAA